GAGCGGCACAUUUCGUAUCGAGAAACGUACGUGAGAACAUGCUGCUUCAGAGCGCAGCAGAGUGACUAUCUACCCAAAACCUCCCAUACAUACCUCUCUAUGUAGGGUGCGCUUCGAGACUUGAAAUAUCAGCAGCCAGCAGAGAGGCAGAAGAAUAGCAGCACAAAGUGAUUAUUUUAUGAAGUGAAAUCCAGUGGUGUAAUCAACGAGGGGUGUGGUUUUUCGGUGCAUAUUUAGUGAUACAGUCGGCAGGGAACGGGAAUCGUUUGGUUUUGAAAAGUGAUCUUUGGGUUUAUACCAUUGGGUACAACCCUGGUGACCGUUUUUUUUUUCUUCGUUCGCCCACCCCUGUUCGUAGGAGUGCGCCACCACCGGUCCAAAGUGGUACCAUCGACGGUGAAAAAUGGCGACAACUGUUCGCUUAUGCACAGAAUUAAUGGUUUCGAAUGAAGUGAACAAUUUUCGAUCAGUGCAAUAGACACAAAGUGCAAAAUUUGAGCGUCCGAUUAAGCACAUUGGAAAUCGGUCAAAAUGUCGACAAAAAACGCCGAAAACACGGAAGAAAAUGAAAAUUUGCUCGCGAAGCAAAAUGACGUCGCACCAACACAGUGUGCGGCAGCAACGGUGACUGAAGCGCUGCAAGUGGCGUCCGAACGCACUACUACUUCGGGCACACGAACUGGUCCGACGGCGUUGACACUAGCGCCAGUAGUUGCAUCGUCAGCCACCGACACGAUGCUCGUUGAUGAGAACGAUUCCGCCAGUGGGAAUCAGUUCGACAUUGCACUAGCUACUUCCAGUGCUGGUGGUUCUACAAGAUCCUCCAGUAGUGGCGGUGGCAACGGUGCAGAUGCGCCUGCUGAGAAACGUCGCAGCUCUGGGGAAAAGUCCAGCAGCAAACGGAAAACUCGCCGUGGUAAGACUAAACGCGGCAAGCGGUCAUCAAGUUUGCGAGCGUAUAGCAAAAGUCCGUGGAAGUUCCAGGUGCCGAACCUCCGCACAGUGAUGGGCAAGCGACGUUCGGAAGUGACCCUGGGAACAACUGGCGGUGGUGUCAUUCCCCUAAUAGCUCCCCUUCGGCAGCUGGACCAUCCACUGUUAGUGCCAUACAACACCAACCGCUUCCUGAUGGAAGACCACAUGCCACAUGUCCUAACACCCUCAGAGGAUGAGGAGGAAUUUCUAACCAAGGAAUUCUCCAGCGUGUACGAGGAUGCCCGCUCGGAACGGCUCGAAGGGCUGAGCAAGAGCCAACUGAUACAGGAGUACCUCCAGCUGGAGGCUAACUUUGAGCAAGUCACGCGGCGGUACAAUGCCGUCAAAUCGCUUACCUCGCUCAAGGAGGAAACUGAAAAUGCUGUAGGUGGUGGCAAUGCAGCGACCAAAGACCCACCCGAGGGAGGCUCGGACCGGCGGCGGCUGGAGGACAGAAUUCGAGAGCUCACCGCUGAGAAUCUCGAGCUUCGCCGGCAGCUGGAGCAUGCGUCCCGCAUCGGAAUGGUCCUGUCCGCUAAAUCGUCCCCACGAAACAACGGUAACCCGGUCGAACUUAUGGAUAGCUCGUCGUGCACGAGCAGCGAGGACAGUGAAUCGGACAGUUCAACCUCAUCCAGCUCGAGCAGCAGCGGAGAUGACGACGGUGAGGAUGGACAUGGAAAGCGUCGCGACGGUAGCAGUUCCAGCAGCAUGAGCGGGGACGAAGGCGAUGCUUUGGGAGCCGCACAAUUCGAGCUGCAGCUGAGGGAAGAAGAAAACCGACCACUGGGUUUGGUGAGAGGUGAAGGUGAACCUUUCCCGAUUGACGAGUACCGCUUGCUACAGCAAAACGGAAUACACACGGACGAGGAAUGAGUUUCCGAACUGGUUCUUUAUUUUCCUGCUCCUUGAGAUGCGGCACAAAAGUCACAGUCGCUAUGCGAAAGGUUUGAUCGUUUUCAUUUUCUUUGAUCUAAAUUAGUGGUAAUCGGAAAACUUAGUCAACUAGUUAAGCUUAACUAAACUUCUCAAUAUUUGAGAAAACUUUUCCAUCUCAUAUUUGUUUUGCUUUUAAUGAGUUCAAUCCUAAGUUUACAAUACAUUGAAAACAUAAAUAACAAACAAAAAAAGUCGUAAAAUAAUAAAUUCCUCACAAAAAGUAUGCCCACGUUUUUUUUAUCGAUUUUCAUAAUAAAAUGUUAAGUUUGGUUUUAAAAUAAAAAAUACUUAUAUUGCUAAAGGUGUUAAGGAAAAAAAAUUACAAGCAAAACCACAUCCACAAAUUCACACACAAACAAAGAUAACGCAGGCCGUUGCGACAAAAAUGAAAUUGAUAUGUGAUUUCUUGAGUAAUACAAAAAACGCUAUUUAGGAUAUGGAACAAGUAAUAUACAUACAUAAACUAGCGAUUAAGGGAGCUACAUUUUAUAGCGACAACAAGAGGAAAAUAAAUUAUGUGAUUACCAGGAGAAACAAACAAGAAUUGGAUAUUUUUUUCAGGAAUGGAAUUACAAAUCAAGGAAACCAAAAGAAUAAAAAAAACAACCUCGGCGAGCUCAAUUUUCUUGUUUCAUACCCUUAGAUUGGUUUCAUUCAGAUAGUUGCUUAGGCAUUUCAAGAGAAAUAAUUCUGGAUUACCCUUACACAGAAAUACACAUACACACAUUUCGGUCAAAACAAUAGAACGAUAUAGUUGACUAAACACCCUUUAUAUUUUACGGAUGUUUUCAAUUUGUGAAUCACACCUAUACCAACGCCGAUUGGCGAAAGACGGAACUGUUUACAAAUAUAACAGCAGGGGACAUACAUGCGACAUCACAAUAAUUGAGCGACAAAUGCAAGACGAAUGAUUAUUGCUACAUACUGAUCUAUAAACUACUAAAUGAACGCUUAUUUCUGUUAUACAUUAUCAGGCAUGCAUUAUACACUUUAUUCUAUAUAUAUAUUAAAGAUAUAUUGGCAAGGAUCGAAUAGGCGCUGUAAUGGAGAAAAAUCGAAUUUCGGUGGAAUGCGAGCUAGGUUAGGUAUACGUGUUGUUUGAAGGAAAAAGUGUAUUACUGAUCAAAUUAA